AUGACUUCCCAUCUUAAAGGUGUGAAAAAAACAACAGUGACAGACGAGAUUCGAAGAGAAUUAUGCAAGCACAACAAGGAUAAUCCAAGUCUCACUCAAAAGCAAUUGCAAGAAUGGGUUCAUAGUAACUAUGGUUUGCAGAAGGAGAAAAAGUUCAUGAAAGAUAUGUAUCUAGUGGAUGCUCCAUACUUCACUUUUUCUAUUGGUUGGCUUGGAAAGUUCAAAGCAAGAUAUGGAAUUAAAAAUUUCUGGGGUUUUGGAGAGAGUGGAUCUGUUGAAAUGGAGGGUUUGUUUUUUAGACUUCAAUCAGAUCAUUCCCUUGCAACAAUGCAGUUUGAAGGGAAAAACCAAGACAAUGAAAGACUAACAGUUGCUAUUUGUUGUAAUGAGGACGGUUCGAAAAAAUUUCCUUUAUGGUUAUUGGGAAAUAUGAUAAACCAAGCAUGGACUAUGGAUGUUCGUACAAAUACAAUUGCGAACUACUUUCGUCAUUGUAAACUUCGAUCAACAGAUAACGUGACUUUUGAGAACUCAAAUGAAGAUGGUGAAAGCACUCAAGAACUCUAG